AAGUUUAGGUUGUCUAGCCGAGCCUUCAUAUUGUAGAUUGUGUAGUGUAUGGCUGAAUAGAAAUAUUUAUUAAGAGUUGUUGCAGAACAAGUCUUGACAUCAACAUGGUCGCCGUUGACACGACCACAAGAGGCGAAAACCUCAUGGAGCCUGGAGGAGCUUGGCCGGAGGUUCCAUCCUCAGAGGAGAUCGGGAAACUAUUGUUAAGGCUUUUGAGAGUUGCUCAUUGGGCUCCGUUGCUCUGCGUAAGAAUUCCUUCAAACUUGACCAGGGAGGGUUAGGCAUGAAGUGCAUGAUCAUGUUGCCCGUGACUGGUCUGCUCACUGGUCAGCGUCACUGAGUCUCAGGGAGUCAAUGGUUUAAAUUUUGAGACAUAAGAGAGUACUUAGUCAAAGAGUACUAACUUGGCUAGGCACAGUUUGAGACGAGGACAAGGGAAAAACGAAAGGAAACGGUGAGAGACUUCCUUGCAUGAGGUCCUUUGUUCCGAACAGCUUUAAUAUUGGCGCCAUCUGGUACCCUGAGAGUCGGUUUAAACCUUGCGAAUAAACUUCUAGUGACGAGUUCCACAAGGACAGGUGGUACAGGUAUGGCCCUUUUACUUUUCCAAAGCAGAGAACUACAGACACGGGGUUAUCAAUAGGCGUUUUAUUUUUGACAGAACGAAAGUCUUCUUCGUUCUGCUUCAAAAAAAAAGCAUCUACAAACACAAAGUACUUGCCAUCAGGUUUGCUGCUCUAGUAAGCAAGUACUUCUAAGUACCCGACUGAGUAAUGGCACUAACUACGUGCUAAGUAAUGACCUGCUAAGUAAGUACCUAGCACUUGUUCAUCUAAGCAGGCGGAAUUUAGUGGCGUGGCACCUGCCUUGGGGUUACAGCUGGCGGACGAAUUAGGCGUGGCCAUUCGCUUAGUGCCGUACGAGUCUCCGGGCGCUGUCUCAGACGAUAUCGAUGGCGAUAAUUAUGUGCACCAUGGUCAACUACCCAUCUUCUUCUAGUUUUACGCCAUCUUUUGGCCGGUUUCUCUUUCUUGUUCUUGGAACAAGUAAAGACGAGAAAGAUGCCGUAAAAUUAGCAAAUGGGCUAUCGGUACAUCUAAGAUAAGUUUGAUCUUUGUUUUUUGGGCUCGGAUCCCACACGGGCGCGGAAAAUCGCUUUUUCAACCCCAUAUGCCGAGAUACCUGCUACAUUUCUCGUACCAGAGGAGGCGGACGUCGGGACAGCUUUAGACUUAAGGCUUACAACACUCCUCUUUUCAAGGGAAAGCAAGAAAUUCUGACUGUUCAAGGAUAUUCACAAGCCGCCUCCACGAGGUCGUGUUUAAGGAAAAAGAGAAAUGUUGCCCAAGGAUAUUUAUAAAUAUAUGUUGCAGGGAGGGAGGUCCUCCCCCUGUGGUAUGGUCGGUGGUGCCUCAAGAAUAUCAUAUUGGCCCCGAGGAUGUUAUAACUAUGGCGCUGGCGACACGGUACAGCUCUAAUAGCCGUGCUCUCAAAGAAGCCGAGCGUUCGGAUUGCUUCCUUCAAGAACAGCUGCUACGAUCUCUGGUUGCAGCGUCACAUGUCCUCUACGAGCAGCAGCAACCCCGAUGACAUUAUGGGAAAGGAUCAGGGUGGAACAGUGGAUCAUUUGGGUCGCAGUGGAUCAUUUAGGGAUGAAUAAGAUACAAAAAAUUCUAAUAUGUCGUGAGUGUGUUCUUGAGUUGUGAAUUACGGACUUCAAUUUAACUCGUAAUCAUGACUACGAAAUUCAAAGCGUUCAAACAAUCUCAAACUCAAAGUACGAGAAUGAUGUGAGCUUUUAUACUGCACCAAUAAAGUUAGUACAUGCUGACUCUCAUUAAAGAGGAGAUAAGCUUUAUCUUUAAUACUGCACCAAAGUUGGCACAUGCUGACUCUUUUGACAUAAGCGUUGGCACAUGCCGACUCUAAUGCUGCACCAAAGUUGGUACAUGCCGACUCUUUUGAGAUGAGCGUGGAAUUGAUGAAGGACGAUCGAGCAGACGCUGUGGCGGGAGUGUAUGGCCUCCUUGCUAAGGUUAAGGCUGGUGUAAAAGUAUCGCCAUCUUCUCAGUAAUACCAGCAGUUUAGGAUGACUAAUUACUUGCAACGCGAGUGAAUUAAUCAUGAGUAGAGCAGGACUAUGCUGAUACUGAGUGAAGUCGCCCUGCUUGAUUUUCUAGUCGGUGUUAGAGGGGAAUCAUGAACUUCAUGGCAGUCUGCACUGAACUUUGUGCGAGAUUUACUGCAUUGCAUUGCAUUGACCGGAAAACGGGCAACUCGCUCAUUAUACUCAACCACUUAUCCGAUACAGUGAAAAACUACCUUUAACAAGGAAGCGGGGAAGAGUGCAAGCGAUAAUGCUGGUGGACGAGCUUAUAAGAUACUCGAUGGAUCCUUCAUGACAGUACCGCAAGCGAUUGGCGUUCCAGUUUCGAAGCACAGACAAUUGCCAAGAAUUAUUCGCUAUCUGAAUGCUUUUGUCAACAAACGAAUCCAACAUUAUGCUCAGUCUUUUAAUAUAAAUAUAUCCAUCUCUCAUCUCUGUGUCUUCCCUUGCUACCCUUCUGGCUUGUAUUCUUUUCUCUGUAUAAUAUUCUUCACCUGAGACAGAUACAAGGGGAUGAACAGAGGAGCUAAAAAGAUGAGGGGGUCGAGAAGAUGAAUAAAGAAGGCCGACGCUAACAACAAGUCGACGAGAGGGAAAGGAGUGGCGAGAUGUCAAUCACGAAACACCUGAUGGCAGAAUUGGGCGUCUUGGGUCCACUUCUACCAGCGACACCAAGCCUACCUCCGUUGAGAAUUACUUAUGCCUCAAGCCUUUACUCGCAUGCUUAUUAGUAGAGUUCAAAUUCAUUGAAUACGACUACGAGAUAUUAAACAAGUAACUUUAUUUUAUGCCGAACUAUCAAGUUGUAAAAAGUACAUCUGAUACAUAGUACUAGUUGUCUAUUGCAUGCUUCUUCGAUUAUGAAGACGAGAAGCGCUUGAAGCGAUAGCGAAGGUUUGCUUCUCGUUAGAACAACGCUGAUGUUUAAUAUGAGCGUAAUAGCAAUGUUGACUGCAUCCUUUUGUUGUUAUUUUUAGUGCUCUUCUUCAAGAAGCCAUCCUUGUUGUCUAAAUCCUUGUUCUGGGUUGUGGUGCGAUGGGCAGCAUCUAUGCGGCAUUGCUAGCAUCAGCUGGCAAUGUUGUUUCCGCGGCAGACGUGUGGUCGGGACACGUCGCGCAGAUGACCUCUGACGGUCUCAUAUGAAAGGAAAAAGUGUACUCAUAUACAUCUUCAAAGAAAUAAAGGUGUACUCAUACAACUCAAGGAAAUUAGCUAAGUCAUACUGGAGCUACAUUCGUAAUUUGAUUGAAAUCUGGCUAGAGUACGCUACAACCUUCUGUGGUCAUACCUGAAAGUGGAAGGCGCUAGCGGUUCUCGGCAAGUUUUUUUGGAGAAUGCAGUAGAAGAUGCUCUAGAGGGAAUAAAGGAGCCACAAGACCUAGUCAUUAUUGCUACGAAAGCAGCACAGGUUGCCGAUGCCGUUCGAACAGGUUGGAAACUCAUACGGGGUGGAGAGGACCACGCGCAGAGCAAAGAUAUGGAUUUGAAGUGCUUGUGCUGCGAGUGACUACUACUAACUAGAAGAGUGACUACGUACUAACUUAUAUGCAGCCUCUUAGUUACUUUUUUCAACAGAACAAUGAACCUGAUCGAUUUCCUUCAACUUCAUCAAAAUUUGAGCAAACUAGACUUCUUUCGACUGCACCCUUGACAGGGGUCACUCGUUGACUCGAUGCAUGUCGUUUAUACUACAGGAAGAAAAAACUAGUAGAUUGCUUGACUUGACGUCAGGAGAAUCAAACUAGUUUUAAACUACAUUCAUACCUGACGCCUGCUUGCUGUUGAUACAGAAUGGCAUCGGAACCACGAAGGGGGGGGUCGAGGAGAUCUUAGGUUCUAUUACCUUAAUCUUAGGCUCAUCUUCUACUUCAUGAAUAUGAUUCAGGCUAAGCUUUCUUCUUGUUCUUCUUCUUCUUCUUCUUCCAGCUGAUGGCUAUCAAAUAAGUGCGACAUGAUAUGACAUUGACCAGCAGCCUCUAGCUCGUACUGAUUUUGCUCUUUCUUUCUUAGUUAGGGCUGUGCAACAAUGAUCAAAUUAAUAGAAGCAAAACAGGCUUGGACACUUUUCACUACAUGAGAUACGCAUAGUUGUACUCGUCCUCUAGGCAACAAAAUGCUCUACUUCGAGUGCUAGUAGUCUACAAAGCAAUGCUCCUCUAUUAGAUUGCACUUGACUGCUUAGAUAUGUUCCAGGGGUGAAGGCCUCCCCCAUGUGGAUGGAGCGGCGGUGGCGUCCGCGCGCCCGUUUUUUCGCGGUGGUGAUAUGUGAGGACUCCUGGGGGCGACGGCCUCAAGAGGCGGAGCCGGAGGCCCCUGGCGGCUCUUCGCGUGUACCCCACAGGCGUCCUGACUCUUGGACCCCAUCAGGUAGACGGCCUCGGGGGGAAAAAGGCCGCCGGAGGCGGCCACCGUCGCGAGGCUUGGCCCCUUUGGCGCUCAUCCCCCCAAUUGGUGGCAGCGUCCGCCGCCAACAAACGCCCGGGAGGUAGACGUAGAGGACCAAAGACGAGGAGGAUUGGGGGCAAGGCGUGCCCGCCUGGGUUCUGUCGGAUACAUCAUGCAGCACGGCGAAAGGGGUCAAGCCUUGCCACCUGCUGCCCUCGGAGGCCUUCCGCCUCCCAAGAAACUCCCCCGGUGAGAAGCCCGCGCGCGGGAGGUCUGCAGGGUACAUGCGCCACGGCGUGGGAGGUCUGCCGUGUACAUGCAACACGGCAAGGGGGUCAAGCCGUGCCGCCUUCGGAAGCCUUCCACCCCCGGCCGCCGGUGCUUGGACGGCCUCGGGGGCUUAGGUUCUGUAGGGUACAGGCAAGGAGCCGCGAGGCCGCGAAGGUGGGCGCUUGGAGCCCUUUCUGCCCGGCGGUGCCUCGAGAAAAUGGGUCGAAGGCUGGAGGCCCCUCCCCUCAAAAAUUUAGAGCGGUGGGGCCUUGGCCCCUGACCCCUGGAACAUAUAUCAUUAUUAUACUUACAUAGCGCCGCGGGAACCGAGCACAGCCCUGAGGCAUGCACAGGCGUCGGCCGCCUUAGAUGAGAAGACCUCCAUGGCUGUUGGACGACAUCAAGCGGCGCCUAGAAUAAACGGAUCCUAAACUAAAUAGCCGCUAGACUGAAACUUUUACCUAUAGUUUUGUACCUUCACUUUCUGUUAUUUUUUUCGGUCUUUUCCUAGUUAGGUUGGCUCCACCACUAUUUAUUAUUACUUUAUCUAUUUUCUAUUGCUGCUCAUCCAUUCGGGCUUCUACGUGUAUAAUUUAUAAAACAAGAACCCUUGCCAGGUCCUGACGGGCCGUCGAGAAUACUUCUCGGUAUAGCAUCCAACUUCGGUGCAUGCAUGAAAGGACCUGGGCACGCAGAGCACAAGAGCAUGAACCUCAUCUGCAUGUUAAGGCUAGUUCUUCACUAUUAUCUAUCAUAUGCGAGUACUUCUAAAUCCACAUUAUCACAUCAUGUGGCUUAUGCUGAGUAAGGUCGUGCGCCUUGGAUUGAUCUUCAAGUACAGGGUUAGUAGUGAUGUUCCAAUCUUCAUUAAACGUGAAAAUGGGGAGAAAAAGGGCAAGUGACUCAACUAAGUACGCAUAGUGAAAAACUAGCGUUAAGCAUGGGGGAAAUGGAUUCCUCUACUCGGUCAAGCAGACUAGAGAGAAUAGCGUCAGCGUGGUCUCAGGCUGGUUUUACGACCAAGGCUUCCGACAACAUUCACCGAGACGUGUGGGACAAGCUCAUAUGCAAUUGCGCCUUUUCUUAUGAAUGUUUGCUGGAAUGAAGAUGAUAGAAGACUCAAAGAACUCAUUUGCAGAUGGAAUGAUUGCAAAGCGAAGUAGAGCUAGAGUUAUUUGGUUGUAAAUGUAAACUGACAAGAGCAAUGGCUAGUAUAUGUACAAAAGUAUUUCCUCAGUUAGAAGGAGUAGUUUUUCAAGCAAAUAGUCCUCCUAUAAUGAAAAAAUCUAAUUAACGGCUUCCAGUGCAGUGCUAGGCUUUACAGUGGGGCAAAUCCUGGAUUGCCAUCAAAGUCGUAAUCUCGCUCUCAGCUGUGCCAAGGAAGCUGCGUGCGUGGCGCGAGCAAAAGGACUCGAACUUUCCUGUGGAGAUACAUUAAGCGGAAGAGAUACUGAUACAGCCUUUAUUGUUUGAAGAAAGUUUAAGCUUGUGGAUGUGGUGCCUUAAGCUGAAGGGAAAGGAGCACUUGCUGAAUGGCAACAUUUGUUGAUGAAUGGGGGAUCGGACUGAUGGGGUAGCCUUGUAGAACUAGGUUUUUGCUCUUGGUAAAGUGUCAAACUAUUUUUACCUCAAGUCGAGCUCGGGGAGCUAUUAUCAUUAUCUAAGUAGAUGAAGUUGGUGUUGGGUCCAGGAAGGCUGCGAGACCUCUAUACCAUUAGUGACAAUGGGCCACGAGGUAACAUGACAUGACGUGACUCUAAAGAUAGAUGAAGAUGUGGAAGCAUAUGUCCUCAAAUUUGGAGGGACAGUGCGCGCCGCACAGCCUAGUAUGCUGCAGGAUCACCUAGCGAAACGCAAAUGCGAAAUAAUGGCGAUAAAUGUUAUGGGGAUGAUUUACCCUAGUGACUGUUUAUUAGAUACUAACUAACAAUUUGAGCUGAGAUAGAUCCAGGGGCAAUGAAUCGUAAAGAAACAGCACUUGCAGUCCCGAGGUUCGCGUUCCCUGCUGAAUCCCAUCGAUUGAAUGCUCAUUGACUUCCGUAGAGACACGCAUAGAGUCUAAAGAUAGCGCAAUCCCAAGGGAGGCUGCGAAGGUGGGGCUCGGUGCGCCGACGAAUAGGAUUCUGUUAAGACUGACCAUAAUUCUUGUAAUUGUGUACUACUAGACACAAUAUCAUAAUUGUAACUAAUAGGGUUCAUCUAGUAUUGAGGCUGAUGAUAAUUCAUCUCCUUCUCCACAGACUCGCAACAAAACGCAGCACAAAUCUUGCACUUACUAUCUGUAUCUUCACAGAUGAGUACAGGUGUGUUAGUUAUUGCGUGGAGCUCUAAUUCUAGCGGAUCUUGUGUUAGCCAGGGAGAGCGCCUUCUAAGGGCGGGCGCCUUCUAAGGACGAGUGCCUUCUCAGGGAGUGCGAGUUGAGGCAGAAUGGAAUCGCCAACCAAGUACAAAAAAAGAAGAUGAAGAUGAGUCGAGAACUCUUUUUUGACUUUUAUUUAUUAUACCUCUUGGACGAUAACUUUUGAUGACCCUUUAAGACGGGUUUCUCUUGGACUGCAUGGCCAUAAGAUCAAAGGACAACUGGGGGUAGACAACUUUAUAUAUAACAUUAUUUAUUUUGUCCCUGUCGGUGUCGUGUGUAAUCCCCCGUAGAGAACGUCGAGAAAUGAAAUAACUAAUACGUCGUCGGCGAGGAGAUCGUGUUGAAUAUUUUUCUUUGCUAACACCGUAAUUUCCUUAUCAACGACAAACCAAGACGUGACUAUAAAUCUCACUAAAAGAAGCAGAUCAUAAAGUAACAAAGUAAAAGACCUGAUCGUGAACUACAAGUAGAACGAGGAACUAUUUUAGUAUGAACAAGAGGAACCAUUUUAGGAUGAGCAACAGGAACUUACAAAGAUGUAACCGUGAUGAUCGUGCUGACGCUGAGCUCUCUCUCUAUUUGAAGCUGAACAACAGGCACUUUUUGUUUUUCUGUGACCUUCUUCUGUAGACACACAGACAUGGCAGACUACCACGACUGUAACAGGAGUUGUCCUCAUCUCUUGACUCGAAGGCCCAUUCCUGGCAAAACUGGCGAGUUACGCAUCCCA